UGCUUAGAAGAUUAGUAGACACUAACUGACCUACUAUUACUUAAAACUGAGAGGAAAUAAAUUGGGCAUUGGAAGUGGCCUUUUCAAGUCGAUUGUUACGUCCGUAGAUUUACUUCCAAUGUACCUGGUUCUACAGGCGUCUGAGAUGGAAACUGUGAAGGCCGGGAAUCCACGUUUUAUAUACUUUCCCCUUGACUUUAAUGAAUGAGAUUUCAACAAAUCUAGGUUUCGAAUGAAUCAUAACCAGUUCAAAUUUGACUUUCCAAUAGAACAAGUUUUGGAAGAAUGGAAGACACUAGAUGAAAAUGAAGACAUACCGGCUGAAGAUCAAGAGAACGAUAGCGAUGAAUCGAAUAUUGUUAGUCAAGAAUCCUUUUUUGCUCCUCACUAUAAAGAUGGUAUUGAAUAUUUUUCCAUAAAAAACCCUGAAAAAGUAAAGCAAGAGUGGCUUGAAGCUAGAAAAUUAAUUAUACCACAUAUUCAGAACGUUGUAAAGCAUCUAGUUCGAGAAAAAUUUCAAAAAUGAUUGAAUAUAUGAGAAAUUAUUCUUUCCCUGCAUUUUAAUUUUACUAUUCACUGUUAAUUAUGUCAUUUGAGUGGGUUUUGAAUAUAGAUACAUAAGAAGAACCUUCUGGAUACAUUUUUGCUCAGGAUCACUUAGUAGUGCUUCAUGAUUUGAUUCUUGACAUGUCCCAUUCUAUAUUCAUUUCAUGUUAGCUGUAGAUUUUGUGCUUAUCAUUGCCACCUAUAUUAUAGUCAUGUGUUUAUUUCACCUUAUAACUCGUUUAUAUCCCGUUUAAACAGUCUUUAGUCGUCAAAUAGUUUUUUUCAGUCUUGGUGGUUAACUGACUCGCUUUCUAAUCAGUUGGUUGUUUAUUUGGAUUUUUCUUGAACUACUUUGGCUUGAUUGACUUGGUUGUCUCAUUAAAUUUCACACAAAGUGUGCCUUUAAGAACAGUAUAAGAACUGGCACCUAGUUUGCUUUUCAGAGGUUGUUACUGAAUGUGAAAUCAGACGCGGUUGUUGUGAGAUCACUCAUGCUUUUUCAGAUCACUGUCUUCAAUUUUUGACACUUAAACAGACUAAACAACAGAUAAAUGUUAUUGAAACAUUAGAACGUUUCAUUUUGAUGUUAUUUGUGCUUCAAGAAAUUGUGUUCGAUACUCCGACAAAGUAAUUUUUAAGUUCCUUACUGUUAUGUUUAACCAUUAUAAGGUCAGGUUUCUUAAAAUCUUGGAACGCCGACUUUAGCAGUUUGGAUGCGACCUACAUAUCAACUCAAAAGCUAAGGAAAUAGGCUGUCAAUCCCUUGCACAGCCAAGUGGAAUAAAUGGUAUUUCCGUUGAAUUAAGACAUAAAGGCACAUUGUCUCUCCCUUGAACUUGGUCCUACAGGCUGUGCAACUCAAUUUGCGAUGUUAUCAGACAUAUCUCAAAACAAUAGCUAACAUAGAUACUGUUGUAUUUCUUGUGAACAGCGAAAUGCAACUAACUAAACUAAAUUUAUAUUGACUGUCCUUGAUUAAGUUGUAUCUACUGACAUUUUCAUUUGUUUAAGUAUCCUCUCUUCCAUUCUUCAUUAAAUUGUUAUCAAAUUUUAUGUAGUCUAUGCCCUAUUGAUUAUAUCCGAACGUCUUUCUGUCUUAAAAUUAAAGUGGAAUUUAUCACCUUUAUUUUUGAUGUGAAAAGCUUACGUACGUAUUCUAUAAAACUACAGUAUAAAUAUGACCCAAAUAAAAAAUACUUUCAUAUUUCUGUUUUAAAGUAGUAUAUGGCGCACCUUACUAACAGAUUUAUAAUGGCUCAAAUAUGUUACGGGCAUAGUAUUUGAUUUGUAAACUAUUGUGAUUGAUUAUUAAAGACACUUGUUUUGCAUAUAAUCAAUGUCUGCACAUACUGAAUCUGCAAUGUGUUCGAAA